UUUUGGUUUGCUAAACCGGUACUGCAUAGAGUAUUUAAAACAUGCAGACUUGCUCUUUGAGUUGACAAAUUUGUUUUACCCUGUCGGAAAAAAUUUAAAAUUGUCACCUGGCAUCUCUGGUCAACAGCAAAUAACGCCAUAAAUAUUAUUAACAGGCUUUGUUGUUCUGUGGUUGAUCCUAUAGAUAUCUUUUUUGAAACUAUACAAGAUCAUAAAAAAUGAACUACGAGUAUUUGCAGAAACAUUUAAAUAUUUUCGCACACCGUUCCAUCUGCCGGCUUUGUCUGAGCACCAACGAAAAUAUGGAAGAUUUGUUUAGUAACAACGAAGAUAAUCGACUGAUUGACACGAUUGCUGAGUGCACUUCGAUAAAGAUGAUUCCAUCGGAAAAUAUAAUUUCAUCAAUUUGCCUAACUUGCAAACUAAAAUUAUCCGAAUGGUAUGAAUUUCGCGAACAAUGUAUUCGCAGCGAAACUAUUUUUCAGAGCAAAGUGAUAAAGAUGGAAACCAUUGAAGUUGUACCUGAUAUAUUUACUCUACAUAGUGAAGAUGAAAACGAAGACAGCCCAUUCGAAAACUCUACCCAACAAACUGGAUGGACGUUUGCAAGCGUUGUAGACGAAUCAUUUGUAAUAAAAUCGGAACCAGAGGGUUCCGAAGACAGUUUGUCCGAGAAAAAUACCGAGAAUAGUUUUGAGAAACAAAGAAAAGAGUCUCUUGCACCUCCAAUGAAUAUCGACCUCAAAUCGUUAGUUGUUAUAAUAAAAGAUAAAAAGCACUGGAAAUGUCCUCAUUGCGAGAAAUGUUUUAGCCAAUCAGGAAACUUAAAAGCUCAUAUAAAUACUCACACCGGUUAUAAACCCUACACGUGUCACCUUUGCAAACGUUCAUUUGCCCAGAAAAGUAACCUCAACUAUCACAUGAAGGCAUCUCAUGAUCCCCAACGUCCAUUUAAAUGCAACGCUUGCGAUCGGUCCUUCCCAUCGAUGGAUCAAAUGGUCGUACAUUUGAGAAACAAACAUGAAAAUCUAGAUGCACAAGAUCGUCAAAUGCCGCUAAAAAGGCACCGAUGUCCUUUUUGUGGGAAAGGUUUCUCUCAAAGUUACAAUCUGAAGCUACAUGUCAAUAUACACACAGGCGAACGCCCUUACAAAUGUAACAUGUGUCCAAAAACAUUCACUCAGCGAAGCAAUUUGAACGUUCACGUCAACAAGAGCCACCGGACUGCAGUCGACCCGAACAGAGAAAAACAAGAGCCAGUCAUUCAAUGAUUUUUUUUUAAUUAGAACCUAUAUUCAAUAUAGGUUGAAACUAAAAUCUCAGCAUAAUGAAUAUGGAAACCAAACCUAACUAGAAAUGUCACCAAUAUUCUAUAAAAAGAAAUACUCGAUUGCAUUUGAGUGAAAUAUUCAGGAGCUGGCGAGUUUUUUUUAUUUUAUUAGUUUUACAAUAUUUUAGUAUUCAUUGAGAUGUACUGAUUAGCAGUAUUUGCCAUUUUAAAAGUGCUGGUAAUAAAAGAAAUAUCAUAAUGUUUUUCGAUAAUUAGUAAAUAUGGCUUGA